AUGGCUGAAAUAAAUGAACAGUUCCAUGAUACUGAUUUAGAGGACGAACAUGAUUAUGUCGAUGAAGAAUUGGAAGAAGAACAUUACACAAAGGCUAAUGCAAGAACAAUAACAAUUAAAAACCCACCAUCAUUAAGAAUAGUACCUCCAUUGAAUUUUUGUCCAGUUGAGAGACAACUUUAUAGAAGUGGGCAACCAUCAAAUAUCAAUUUCGAAUUUUUAAAAGAAUUACAUUUGAAAACUAUAGUAUGGCUUGCUUCAGAAGAUCCAAUUGAUGAAUUUAUUGAAUUUGUUCAAGAGGAAAAAAUCAAUCUUUAUUUCGCUGGUAUUAAUCCAGACGGUGGUGAUAAUAACCCAUGGGAUGGGCUGACUGAGAAUAGUAUAAUACAAGCAUUAAAUAUCAUAGUGAAUAAGAAUAACUAUCCAUUAUUAGUGUGUUGUGGGAUGGGGAGACAUAGAACAGGAACUGUUAUUGGAUGUUUGAGAAGGCUGCAGGGCUGGAACCUUGCAAGUGUUUCUGAAGAGUAUAGAAGGUUUACUGGAUCAAGAGGUGGUAGAAUCUUGGUUGAAUUAUUGAUUGAGGCUUUUGACAAGAGAACGAUAACGAUAGAUCCCGAGAAUGCUCCAGAGUGGUUGCUAAAUACUCGAGAAAAUGUAUGA